CUAUGUAACUGUAGGGACCGUCUUUGACAAAAUAACAAGGAAUGACUAGUCCUUUUGCAUGGAUUGAACGUUUUUUGCUUGGGAAUACUCUUUAGAACGUGGAAAACCUCUAACUUACGUAAUUGUCUAGCUACCCGCGGUUACUAAUCAGCUCGCCGCUGUGGAGGGGGAGGGACCUCGUCAAUAGGUGGUGACCCCUAGCACCGCACUUUGGGGCUGCAAGCGAUACGACGACAGAAGGCAAGCUGCCUUGCACAGGUUUUAAAUUGCGCUGCAAAUUUCUCGUUUGGUUUCUGUCUUGGAUUGCGAGUGGCGGAACAGGCGCAGCGAAAGCGAUUGCAGCAAUUCAUUGGAGUCUUCAACCGAGUGAGAAGUGGAUCAGGAGACCAAACGCCGCACUCCUUCUCAAGCUGCUACGACCUACGAGCGUUCUGGAUUCCCAACGUCUGUAGUCCUCUGGAAUGCUGGUACAGACGUCUGAAACGGCCGUGAAUUUGCUCGCUGAAGAUGAGUUUGGGAUCGUGUACUUCAUCCAAAAUGCCCAGCAGUUUUGGUCCGAAUUGGAUGACCUCCUUCGCGUCCCGGCUGAGGUAACAUUGUCGUUGCUAGACACGACUCUCAGGAGGUUUACAUCCUUAUGUGCUUCUUAUCAUGAGCAAUACCUCCAGAGCCCAUUGCAGUUGGAACAUGCUUGCCAACAGCUCUUGGAUUCGGAGUUAUUCACAUUCCACUCUGAGCGGAUGUGCGAGCUGAUUAUCGAAGAUGCCCAAUCAAAAACAGAUCCUCACGUGCAACUCAUAUUAUACAGCAUUCUUUUCUACUACGGACGUCGACAUACAAGCUUUCUCCGUUCUAGCAAGCGAUGGAAACCCGUGAUACCCUUGCUGAUGGAUCACGUCCUGGUCGAGAUAGAUCCUGAGACCGAAUUCAUGAAUCUCGCCCCGAGCUCCGCGAGCGGUUCUCGACAGAGCGUCUUUAUGGGUCCCGUGACAAUCGAAGCCAAACUGAGGUGCCUCAGUGUUAGGUUGCUCUACGAAGUGUGCCGGGUACAAAAUUUGUCUGUGCAGGACCUCCGUGUCUUCACCAAUUCGUUCAUAGACCACUUAUUCGAGCUUGUCGAGCAAACCAAGUUUGUACCAGACGAGACAUUUAAUUAUUCGGUUAUCAAACUUCUGGUCGCACUUAAUGAGCAAUUCAUGGUGGCAGCGCUGGACAAAAAGACAACUCUCUCAUCUGGGACAGCCCCCGAAGUUCAAAAUCGAGUAAUACAUGUGUUGACGUCUCGCCUUGGAUCCAGUAAAACCUUCGGCGAGAACAUGAUCUUCAUGCUCAACCGUGCAUCCCAGUCAGCCGAUGAUCAAUGCAUGCAAUUGCUAGUGUUGAAGCUUCUGUAUAUUCUUUUCACUUCCAAAGCCACUUCGGAGUUUUUCUACACCAACGAUCUCUGCGUUCUCGUGGAUGUCUUCCUACGUGAAGUGGUCGAUCUUGGUGAGGAGAACGAAUCUCUGCGGCAGACGUAUCUUCGUGUCUUACACCCUCUGCUUACGAAGACGCAACUCAGGGAUGUGCCUUAUAAGCGGCCUCAAAUAGUCAUGACAUUAGAGUCUUUGAUACGACAAACGCAGUUCCGAGAAGUUAACCCGACAACAAAACGUUUAGUGGAACGGUGUCUUAGCGGCGACUGGUGUAUGCAGUUGCGGAAGUCGUCAUUCGACAGGGAUGCUAUCACAGCCGAAGAGCAAUUCCGUGAAGCUAGUCCUAGUCGUGAGGUAGUGGCGUCAACGAUGCAUGAUACCUCUCCGGCUCAAACACCGAUGUCCGCCACGUUGGAGCGCUCGUCAAGCAUGUCUAAACCGAAGCAUAUCAAAAGCAGCCGCAGCAUAGAUAACUUAAAGGUCACGCUAUUUUCACGGCUAGGCAUAGAAACGCACAGGAGGCCGAGCGUGGAAAGUGCCCCAACCUUCGGUGGCGCUACUUCUGGGGCCACGGGGACUGCGACCAGAAGACCCUCCAAAUCGGGAUCCGUGGACAACGGAACUUUCCCUUCUCACCAAUACGCAACCCGUCAUGCAAAUCUUCAUGCGUCACCAUCAUCACCUGGUGCAAUCAGCCUUCCCUCCAACCCUACAGCAGUGCCUCAGAAAUUACGCAGGCCACCGCCACCGCCGCCUGUAAGGCGGAAAUCACCGCCAACCGCUGUUGGCAUGACUAAUGGCGGAGCCAUUAUUACCGCUAUAGCGAGUUCUUCGUCUUCGGUUCUUAAGAAACUCGGCAAUAGCAGGGGAAUGUCAUGAUCCGGUGAGGGCGGGCAUACACGCUCAAACGUAUCUUUUUGCUUUUCAUUUACAACGACUAGAUCUGCCAUAGCCUCACUACGCGCUGUUCCAUCUCUUUACGAGAUACCCUACCUGCCUCUCAAUGGUGGCUUAGGGCAUCUUAUUAUGCCAUGGGACAGCC